GACACACUAACAUUUUAAAAUCAGUUGGCGGCUUAGUGAAGGAAAAGCGGGUUUGGGGGUUUUUCCCAAUAAAUUAAAGUUAGGUCGCUGGAUAAGUUGCGUUUGAUUCCGAUUUUAUUAUGAUGUCAAGUCGAAGGAGCGAAGCUCUGGUGUUCUCACUGGUGACUGGCAUCAACCUGGCCAUGGCCAGGCUGGUGGACAUCUGGGACAGCAUUGGCAUUCUGGAGGACCAGAGGGUGGAGAGGAUGGAGACUGUGAAAAAACACAUUGAGGGUCUUCUGAAUGAAAUGAUCACAGAAGAGGAGGCCUUGAAAAAACGCAUCGAAGCCAACAUCAUCUCCUUCCGCAAGCAGCUGGAGGUCCUUUAUCAGGAGAUGUCCCUGGAGCCUUAUAAAGUGGACGAUGACCUCACGGUGCUUCAAUUGGAGAAAGAUCUGCGGCUGCGUGUGGAGACGCUGCUGAAGGAGAAAGGGGACCGUCUGAAGGAGAUGCGGAGCCUGCAGCAGCAAGACGAGGAGCUGUGCGAGGAGCUGUGUGCCACCCCAUACUACAUCCCCACCGGGAGCCUGCCUUCCCGCAACCAGCUGCAGGAGCUCCGGCAGCACAUCAAGCAGCUCAGUGAGGAGAAGAGCACACGGGUGAAAGUCUUUUCCGGCCUGAGGGACGACAUCCGCAGACUCAUGGCGGAGAUGGGCCACGAUCCCGAAACCAGCCUGGAGAGGGAGUCGGUCUGCAAUGAGGCCGACGUUUUCCUACUCACCCAUGAAAACAUCAAGGCUCUGAAGAUGCUGCUCUGCCAGCUCGAAGUGAAAAAGGAAUCGCUGCUCUCAACUUGGGAUGAGCUUAAAGGAAGGGCGCUCAGCCUGUGGAAUCGUUUGGAGUGCCCCGAGGAGGAGCGCAGGGCGCUCCAGGGUGACGGGCACUCUACGCUCUCUGUGGAGAUUGCACGGUGGCAAAAUGAGGUGGAUCGAUUGGAGGUGCUGCAGAAAGUCAAGCUUGAGGAUGUGAUCAACAAGGUCCGACAGGAGCUGGUCUACAAUUGGGACAAGUGCAUGUUCGGGCCUGAGCGAAGGGAGUCCUUUAGCAGGCACUUCUGUGACAGUAACUUCACAGAAGAGUUGCUGGCACGCCAUGAAGAGGAGCUGUCGCGUGUGAAAGCCUGGCAAGAGAGAGCACGUCCCCUGCUGGAGAUCUUGGAGAAAUGGGAGAAGACCUGGGCACUCUUCCAGGACUUUGAGAAGAAAGCGUCAGACCCUAACCGCUUUAACAACCGUGGGGGAGCUCUGCUCAAAGAGGAGAAGGAGAGGGUCAAGGUGCAGAAGAUGCUGCCCAAGUUGGAGGAGGAACUUAAGGUUGCAGUGGAGGAGUGGGAGAGAACAGAGGGCUGCGCAUUUCUGGUGCGGGGCAAACGGGCCACGGAGUAUGUCUCCAGCAUGUGGGAAGAGCAUCGACUUCAGCGGGGAAAGGUGAAAAAUGAGUGUGUCACAAAGAAGGGGGAGGCUGUUACUUUAAAGACACCAACCAAGAGGCCCCUUGGGAGCUUUCGUGCGGAGUCCACCCCCAGCAAGAUGAAGAAGACUCCCAAUCAGACAGUGCUUCGAACUACUACUACUACUACUACUACAUCAUCCAGUAGCUCGAACACCUUCCUCAGUGUGUCGGGCAAACCCCCAUUGUCUGGUCAAAAGGUCCAGCAGAGGACCAAAGCGAUGGAGAUCAGUCACAGGACGCCACUGCAGGAGUUCAAGGGCGAGAAGCACCUGGGGAUGGGCACUUACUCGGACUUCAUGAGUGAGCUAACCAAGAAGGCCGACCACGAGGCUUUCCUCAACUCCACAGCCAAGGACAUCCUGUAGGCGCUGGGCCCUCCCGCCUGUCUCCUCACCCUUGAUUAUGAAUCGGGCAUUUUUGUCUUGCCACAGACUUCAAUAAAAGUGUUUACGUUUCUGAGUUUAA